GGAACAUGGGGCGCCGGGUAGCGAGCGUCCCAAGGCCGUGGUUUAACUUCGUCGCAUCGCAUUUUAUUUCCCGCUUCGGGUCUCCUUAGCCACAGGUUGGCGUGACCAUCCCCCGGCAAUUACGCGGUCGCAGACACCAGCACCUGCAGGUCGCCAAAAUAAGAAGCUGGGCCAGAGUCCAGACCGCUGGCCGGGGUAACUAAAGCCGCGGGAAUUCGCCGAGCAAUGGGGACUGAGACACAAUCGCUCUGCUGCCGGCGUUCUGUCGGCUCCGUGCAGCAGCGUACAUACAUUACAAGAGCGCCGGCUGCUCCCCGGCGACAGCCUCUUUCGAGAGCAUCCGGCAUGCCUGCACCAGUUUCCGCCAAUCUUCAUGAGGAGCCGUCCUGCCCUCCCGCCCUGAAGUAGAUGCGGUCUAAGACAGUAUUUGUCUGAUCGAAGAGCUCGUCGUCCCCAAAUCUCAUCGGCGCGCCAUGUGCAACUUCAUCCAGCGGGAGUACGGCUGCGGACACUUCCGCUUCAUCGCCUCCAAAUGGUGCAGGAGCUACACCACGUCGCACAAGCGAUGUCCCCCCGACGUGACGCACUUUGAAUACGUCGAACACCUCUGCGGCGACUGCAAGGACAGGAACCGGCCUCCGGUUCCCUGGGCGGACUUGAUCAAGGGUUACCGCGAGCGUGGAGGCGCCGCCGCCGCUGUGUCCUUGUGAGCCGGGCCUCGGCUCGGCCGCGUGCCUACCUCAGGGGCUCGUGAUGAUUGCAGGGAGGUCGGGAGGGUUUUGAUUCUGUCUUGAGGCCUGCUGAACGGCGCCUCGACGGCAUCGUCACUGGCGUUGGCAUGGGCGUUUUCGGGUUGGGCUUCUGGCGUGGGUUGGCUUCGUGAUUCUGGGAGCGUGUUUGGGAUUGGUUGGGGCAUGGCUGGUAUGGGCGAACUUUGUUUCCAUCUUGUUUUCUUUUCUCAAGUUGAAGCUGGCUAGAGCAACGGAAGGAACUGGGAAACGGCUUGGGGGGAGGAACUGGAGCCCCUCAGGGGAUUGGCGCUUAUACUAGGAGUAAUUGACAGAUGUAAUUGAGGGCAACGCCCAAUAGAAGUCCUG